UCCUCCCUUCCAAAACGAGCUUCGGAUGUUGUGCGCUCCUCCCUGGUCUGAGUUUGGCUAAAAAAAGACACUCAACCAUGAUAUUAACAUAAGUUCUAAUGGGGAAGUCUCGCGUUCACUGGCUGCGUUUCCCUUUUCUAAGACUGACCAGCAGCUUUCGAAGGUGCCCUCUUUCAAAAAGGAGUUUGAUAAUUGGCAGCGUGUGUGUUUUCCAUUUGUUGUUGGUGGUUUCACAUUUUGGAUACUCGCAGAACCAACUGGAACGAGGGACUGACGAAGACAAAUACCGAAACGCCCGUGGAUUGUAUAAUUUGGAUAUUAGUGAUGCGCUUUCAGACUCAGUGGAUUUGCCGACCGGUGCGAGCUUUGUGGUCCCGACACGGUCCAACGUGGUGUAUAUAACGUUAAAGUAUAAGCGCCUGAAACCAGCACAUAUUCGGGGUACGAUCAGACCAAAACUGAGGAGAAAAGUCAGAAGGAAGGAGACUAAUUCCGCUUUUACGCAGUACAAACUUGUAACUUUGGAGCGAGACGCGGGCCAGAAUAAACAUAAUUUUGCAUCCAAGGCUUCUUGGGGAGAAACCAGGGACGUUUAUUAUAAAUCUUUAGAUAUAACCCAUAUAUAUCCGACAAAUACGCAAAUAGACUCUCACAUUAGUUCUAUCCGAAUAUACAGUCAGAGGGCACCGCCAUGGCUCAGCCCAAAGGACGUGGAAGUCAUGCGCUUUCUUGCGGAUGCCAACGUUUUGCGCAUCAAAGAAGUUUCUCUUGGAGACUCUCCGACACUUCUGGUAUUUGAGGGCGAGACAAACGUUCCAAUGAAAAACCAAAAACACACACAGCGGAGCAACGUAUGUGGAGGGCAGUGCGGAGUAAUCAACAUUCCCGUGGACACCUCUGAGGUCUUUGCUUUUCAUCUGGACAGGGUGCUUGGUCUCAAUAGGACACUGCCAGCUGUAAGCAGAAAGUUUAGCUUCUUACACGAUGGCCAGCCUUGUCCAGUGGUGUCAUGGGAUGCAUCUCUCUACCCAGAAGGCCUUGCUGCAGGCUGGUCGACCGUGAAGUUAUCAUGGGCGGAGUACCAGAACUCCCUGAAACAGAGGUGUUGGCACAAAAACAUCAGCCCAAAACCUGACUCUGGCUGCUUCACAGUUCAUCACUAUGAGUGGAGUAAACUGGCUCUGUUUGACUUCUUGUUACAGAUUCACAACCGUCUGGAUUACAGUUGCUGUGGAUUCAGGCCCAGGCAGGAGGAUGUGUGUGUGGAACUUGGCCACCAUGCUCAAUGUGGGGACCCAAACCACAUACAACUGACAAACAUCCUCCACAGGGAUCACGACCCCAGACACCUGGUCUUCACCAACAACAAGGGGUUCUUCGACCGCAAUGAGGACAACUUGGACUUCAGGCUCCUGGAAGGAAUCAAAGAGCUGCCAGAGCAGUCAGUGUCUGUGCUGAAGAGCAAGAGGCUGAGAGAGAAGCUCCUCCAGUCUCUUUUUCUGGACCAGACAUACUGGGAGAGCCAGGGCGGCCGGCAGGGCAUCGAUAAGCUGAUCGAUGUAAUUGAAAGGCGGGCCAAGGUCCUCCUCACAUACAUCAACGCUCAUGGGAUCAAAGUCAUCACAAUGCACGUGUGAUGAGAGUCACACCAAUCACGUGGCAAAAUUACUGAGAGAUAGAUUAGGUAAAUUAACUGCUUGAUCUUUGUGUCUUCAAUGUGUCCCUUCAGAAUGUCCCUUUACAAGCCACUGGAACUUAAUCCAGUUAGGCUACAGUUUGGAAAGUGGUCCUGGGAAAAGAAAAACAUUAGUUAAUAUCUAAAAAGGAAGUGUGCCUAACUUUUACUUAACGAAAAUACUCCUUCUUCAUUUAUUUCUUCCCUAGAGGUCAGUACACUGCCAUCAUUAUGUACAUAUUACAAUAUGCUGCAGUUAUACCUUUUGCUUCUCCUGAGGUAUUGCAGUGUAAUUGUCAUUGUAUAUGAAUGGAAUGCACUAAAUCAAACUGUAUUUCCUUUCUGCUGGUUAAGUGUGUUUCAGGAACUAUGAUGUUCAUAAAGCCUCUUAGCAUAUAGCUAACAAGCCACAACCCAUCCAGUUGGUUUGUUUGGCGUCACACAUUAUACACUGAAUUCAAGAUUUCCAUUCUAAAAAGUUAUUUAAACAACAGUCUUAAACAUUUCUUUUUCUUUUUAACAAAACUCCCAAGAAGUGACACCAUUUUAUAAAUACACCACUUAUUACAAUGAAGUUUGUGUAUUGGAAACAACUUGACAUAGCGAAUAUACUUUAUAUAUUGAAGAACAUUAAGAUGAGAAGUCAGAUGGUUUUACCUUCUUUGAUACGCACUCUUAUUUUCAAUUUCACUACAAACACCUUUAGUUGUAACCCUUUUCACUGUAUUCAUUUAUUUUUGUACUUCCUUCUUGAAUUGUUGAAGAUGUUCGAGCAGCCAAUGGUAUAUAACAACAUUUAUUCUUCAAAUAGUUCAGCUCUAAUUAA